GUACCCCAGCCCCAAAGGGUGGGGGAUCUUGCCAUGUCGCUGCUUCUGACAGUGCCGUACCGCGACUUGAAGGCUAAGCAUCGCAACGCUGCUUGGAUGCUUUACGUCGAUGAUCGCUCCUGGGCGGCUCCUAAUGCCCGUCAGUGCGUUCAGAUCGGCUGCCAGUGGCGUGAGUGGUCCGACACCCUUGGUCUCAAGGAGAAUGAGUCCAAAGAUCAAUACCACCACUGCACUGUGCGUGGCCGUCGUCAGCUUCUUGCUGCUGGUGUUCCAGGCGAUCGAGUCACACCGUGGCCUAAAAUCCUUGGUGUUACCCUUGUCCCGGCCUCUCGGCGCAAAACGCUUGGUACGGAAAGUGAUCGUUUGCAAGCGGCGGCUUGGGUCUUGAAAAGGGUCCUUUGUCUGCCCGUCCCCUUUGCUAGGCGCGUCAGGUUCGCUGGCGUCUGUGGCGUCAGUAAGGCGGCCUUUGGUUGGAUGUGUCGCUUGCCUACUGUUGGCGAACUCCGUUCGUUUGACUGGAAGGUUGCGUUGGCUUGCAAGUCUGCGCGUCAGGCUGAUCCUUCGCUUCGCCGCAUCAUGCUUGGUCACCAUGCGUCCCUCGGGUUCCGCACUGCCUUUGAUCAAGUCAUGGCCUUGUGGCGCUGUGUGAAGAAUGGUGAUGCCCUGCCUACACGCAGUAGCGAUUGGGCGAAGGUCGUCUACAAGUCCAUGAGCCGCCUUGGUUGGUCGCCUUCUGAUGUCGGUUGGUGUUGGCGCAACGAUGCUGCGGAAGUUAGCCUUGAUGUCAACCAGUCGGGCUUUGUCCAAGUUGCUGACAGGUUUAUGCAUCUGCUGCGCGAGUCUUGGCGACGUGUUGUGUACAACGAACAGCAGUGCACUCAUGCCCGGAAAACGGCCCUGACCAGUCGUAACGCUUUCACGGUCCUCAGUGGAGCCGCUUUCUCCUGGGCCCGUCGGCUAGGCUUGGAUGGGGUGACCAGGUUGCUUUUGGUCACCUGGCAGCGACAAGGCUUAAGUGCCUGUGUUGCUCCGCCACUCCUGGCGCCACUUUUGGCACGACAACAGGGGGCUCAUGCCCCCUACCUCCUGCCGUACCUGUACUUUCAUGAGUAUGUGUCCGGCAUCGGCCGCCAGUGGCGUGAGUGGUCCGACACCCUUGGUCUCAAGGAGAAUGAGUCCAAAGAUCAAUACCACCACCGCACUGUGCGUGGCCGUCGUCAGCUUCUUGCUGCUGGCGUCCCAGGCGCGUCAGGUUCGCUGGCGUCUGUGGUGUCAGUAAGGCGGCCUUUGGUUGGAUGUGCUGAUCCUUCGCUUCGCCGCAUCAUGCUUGGUCACCAUGCGUCCCUCGGGUUCCGCACUGCCUUUGAUCAAGUCAUGGCCUUGUGGCGCUGUGUGAGGAAUGGUGAUGCCCUGCCUACACGCAGUAGCGAUUGGGCGAAGGUCGUCUACAAGUCCAUGAGCCGCCUUGGUUGGUCGCCUUCUGAUGUCGGUUGGUGUUGGCGCAACGAUGCUGCGGAAGUUAGCCUCGAUGUCAACCAGUCGGGCUUUGUCCAAGUUGCCGACAGGUUUAUGCAUCUGCUGCGCGAGUCUUGGCGACGUGUUGUGUACAACGAACAGCAAUGCGCUCAUGCCCGAAAAACGGCCCUGACCAGUCGUAACGCUUUCACGGUCCUCACUGGAGCCGCUUACUCCUGGGCCCGUCGGCGCCGUGCAGAUGAUGAUCGCACUUGCCCCUCUGCCUGGCGGCAGUGGGCUAACAACGACUACGGCUGA